UCAAAGAUAAGACGAUAAGGCCAUGUGGCAAAAAACCAAUACAUCUUCCUCUCAUAUCACCAUAACACAAACUCUCUCUCUCAACACAAUCAUGGCUUCACCAACACUCAUAACUCCCACCUCCACACCCAAAUCACUCCCACCCAUCAAAACCAAACUCACCACCAUCUCCUCCACCUUAACUCCAACCACCACCAUACCCUCUCGCCGCCGUGAGUUCCUCUCCACCUCAGCCACCAUCCUUACCACCACAUUUCUAGCUCAUGUCACCCCUGCAUUAGCAGCUUCAGAUGAAGAGUACGUGAAAGAAACAGAGGAGGUUAUAAGCAAGGUAAGAACAACCAUAACACUGGACAAGAAUGAUCCAAAUGUAGCUACUGCUGUUGCUGAACUAAGAGACACUUCAAACUCAUGGGUUGCUAAAUAUAGAAGAGAAAAAGCACUUCUUGCAAGAGCUUCUUUUAGAGAUAUGUACUCUGCACUCAAUGCUGUUUCAGGUCAUUAUAUUAGUUUUGGUCCAACUGCUCCUAUUCCUGCUAAGAGAAGAGUGAGGAUUUUAGAGGAAAUUGAAGUUGCUGAGAAAUCACUUAAAAGAGGAAGAUAAGGAAGAAAAAGAAGAAGAAAAAAAGCACUUAAGUUGCUAAUGUAUUUGGAGGAAAUGAAUUUUGGUUUUCAUUCCUCUGUUUCUUGUUAUUAGAUUCUUAUUGUUUUUUCUUUGUUGUUGACUAUUUGGUUUUUGUAUUGUUGUAUGUAUCGAAAAACUUAUAUAUUACAUUAAGAGGCUCACUUUUUCUGUUAAUAAAAGGAGAAAAUUAUUUGCAUAGUUUAA